ACCCAUUCAGCCUACAUCAGUUUAUAUACCCACCCAUUCAGCCUACAUCAGUUUAUAUACCCACCCAUUCAGCCUACAGCAGGUUAUAUACCCAUCUUUCGCUCGCACAGGGCUUCAUUUGGCUGCUUAAAUCUCUUGUCGACAGUGGUUAAUGGUUGUUCUAAUUUUUGGUCCAUGUCCGUAUCUGAUCCUACAUCUGUUUCCAUUCCUCUCUCUAUUAAUAAAUGGCAGUUUGUGUGUGUUUGACCACCAUUAACAUUUCAUACCGCCUCUCCAAACAAUGUCAGGACAAGCCGGCGGUGUGCAUUCGAUAGUCUUCAUUAAUAUGUAGAGGAGAAGGUGCGGGGUGCUCCUCAGAUCAUGUUCCACAGUCCCGCAGUGUAGUGUUACACCCUUACAUCUAACCUGUUACAGCAGGACUCUUUCAGGACUCUGACAGGACUCCUGUUCUCUCACUCGCUGCCCGUCCGCGGGGUGAUAACUCUGACUGAGGACUCUGAGGCACAGCAUGGACAUCAGGACGGCCCUCGGGUAUCUCCAGCUGCUGUGUGUAUUUAGUAGAGCUGCUUCCAGGAAAGGAGUUAAAUGUGGGGGAAUCCUGUCAGCGACCAGUGGGAACAUCUCCAGCCCGAAUUUCCCGGGUCUGUACCCGUAUAACGUGGAUUGCUCGUGGCUGAUCGUGGUGUCGGAGGGUUCUUCGGUGCUGCUGACCUUCCAUCACUUCGAGCUGGAGUUCCACACAGACUGCGCCUACGACUACAUCAAGAUCUACAACGGCAUCUCUGAGGACGAGGGGAACCUGCUGGGGAAGUUCUGUGGGGACAUGACUCCUCCACAGUUCAGCUCAUCCUGGAAUGUCAUGUCCAUCAUUUUCCACUCGGACCGACACGUGGCCCACAGUGGAUUUAACGUUGGAUACAGGAAAGAUAUGUGCGGUGGUGUACUGACGGGUCUUUCCGGGGUAAUAUCCAGCCCAGGAUACCCGCUGGAGUACAGUAAUAAUGCAGACUGCUCCUGGACGGUGCACGUGUCCAACCGCAGCGUGGUCAGUCUGGUCUUCCUGGACUUCCAGCUGGAGAAUAAUGAAGGAUGUAAUUUUGACUAUAUCGCCCUGUUCGACGGACCAACGAUCAAACACCGCCACAUCGGGAAUUACUGCGGCAGCGAGAGACCCCCAAACACGGUGACCACCUCCAACCAGCUGCUGGUGGUGUUCAAAUCUGAUUUUAAUAUCGGAGGAAGAGGAUUCAAGGCCUACUAUUACUCAGGAGAGUGCCAGCAGGUUCUGAAAGCCAUCAGCGGGAACUUCACCAGCCCCAACUUUCCAAACAUCUACCCCAACAACGUCAACUGCCACUGGACCAUUUCUCUGCCCCCCGGCUACAGGAUCAAGCUCUAUUUCCCCGAGAUGGAGCUGGAGGACGAGAACAGCCUGUCGGACAUGUGUGAUUUCGACUCGGUAUCUGUGUACGACGGGGGCAGCGAGACGGACCCCCUGCUCGGACGCUGGUGCGGUACAGAACAACCCCCGUAUCUUACGUCAAAGACGAACAAGCUGCUGGUGGUCCUCAACACUGACCGAAACAUGGCUUUUAAAGGAUUUACAGCGUCCUACACAGGAGUGGUCCCCGUCAAUGUAAGCUGCACCAGAACAGAGUUCCAGAUUCAGAUUUCCCAGCAGUCUUUGCCCCAGUUGGACCGUGAGAGCAUCUAUUUGGGAAACCCGUCCUGUUCUGCCCAACUGACCUCAACCACCUACAAGAUCCUGGCACGAUUCGUCAACUGUGGCACUGCUGGACAGAAGCGUCGGAACAUCACGAUGCUGGUGAACUCGCUCUACAUCGACUUCUCGGGCGGGAAACACCAGAACAUUCAGGAGUACGAGGUCGAGUGCGACGCCCAGAGGAAGGUCGCGAUGGUCAACCUCAUCUCGGCGGAGGAGCGGAACCGGAUGAACGAGCUGGCCCGAUUGGCCGAGGAGUCCAAGAGCCAGGGGGGCGGAGAGAGCAAGGAGGCGGAGCCUCACGAGACCAGCGACAUCGUCUUCAUCAGCGUCUGCGUGCUGGCGGUCAUCCUCAUGCUCAUCGCUAUCGUCUGGCUGGUUCUUCUGUAGGAACGUUCAAAUACUGGCUUCCUUUGUAUUUAUCUGUAUAUAUUUGUAUAUAAUCUUAAUUUUAUACAUCGGUUCAAUCCAAAUAUACUAUAAUAUAAAAUACAUACUCUUACACUA